GUCCCAAUAAUAAAAUGGCGGCCGCAGAGAUCCAAGUUGUAAAUCAAGCAAAUUUGGCUAAAAUAGAAAGUUUUCUUAAUGAUCCGGGCUACAAAGAGAUUAUUGAGAACUCUUCAACAUUCAAUUCGCGACUAUGCGCCGAAAGGAGAAUGCGGAUGCCUUUUAUCGACACCCAAACGGGUGUUGCACAGAGCCAUUCCAAUUUAUUUAUGACCAGAAAACAGAGAAUGCCUGGGGCAAGAGAGGGACAGGUCUACACAUAUCCAUCACAAAGGUGGAGGAAAACUCGCAGACAAUACCUUACAAUGGCUUCCACAAGAUGGGGCUGGAACACCUUGGAUGCAGCUGAGAACACUGGUGAUGGUGAAAAUAGCUCAGGUCUACCUGAUGGAUUAGUUGGCGAUGAGAGUCGGGAUGGAUCUCAGAGUGCAGUUAAAGAUGACCCCAAGGAAUGGUUCUACGAUGAGCUAGCGAUAGAAGAAAUGGAAACCGGCGAGGAACCAGAUCCAGAAUCGGACGAAGAUUACUAUGACGACACAUAUGCAAAUAGACGUAAAAGACGCGGUGUUGCGCCCACGGGACCGGGUUCCCGCGGGGGGAGAACGAGGAAGUCACAGCCCGAUGAUACUCCAGUUAAACGGGGAAGAGCGGGGCGUGGUCGGAAACGCGCAGGCGCACCGACCCUCCUCCCUUACGAAGUGGCCGGCGACGCGGAGAAACCCUUCGGAUGCGAACUGUGUGGUGCAAAGUACAAAACACGUGCGGGCCUGAUCUACCACUUCAACCACACGCAUAAAGACGGCGCGACACCAAGCGUGCCCCCGGCCCCAGGAAGCGAUAACGAUUCGCGCGACAGUCGCGCUGCGCAUUCCCCUCCCGCUUCGACGCAACCCGCGACAGAGUAUCAAGACAGCUACGUGACAUUUCUGAACAAUCCUGCUGUAGGAGCCACUGCAGCAGCAGCAGCACAAACUCCAACGCCUCCUGUACGUAAACCCUCGCCGCCUCCUCGACCAGCUUCCGCGGAUACCUCAUCGUCAGACUCUGCGCACACUCCGCUGGUGGCGCCGGGCACGGCCGCGGCCGCCGCCGCAGCCACCGUGGUCGUCGUCCCCACGACCAGCACGGUCACCGUGCCUGAGCUGAUGAAGGAGCCCGACACUAAGGCAACUCCGUCACCGUACUGCGACUUUUGCCUCGGCGACGAUCGCGAGAACAAAAAGACCGGUACCCCCGAAGAGUUAGUCAGCUGUUCCGACUGCGGACGAUCAGGUCAUCCCACGUGUCUGCAGUUCACCGUGAACAUGAUAGUGUCAGUGCGCAAGUACCGCUGGCAGUGCAUAGAGUGCAAGUGCUGUUCCGUGUGCGGCACCAGCGACAACGAUGACCAGCUGUUGUUCUGCGAUGACUGCGACCGCGGCUACCACAUGUACUGCUUGGCGCCACCGCUGGACACACCGCCAGAAGGGUCCUGGUCUUGCGCUUUGUGCAUCAAGGAGUUCCACUGAAUAUUAUGAAUAUUGAAAAUGUGUUUCAGCAUAGCUGUUUACGUAAACACGACCUAAUCCGGCGUUUUUCUUAAAUGAGUGUAUAGACGAUGUUGCCAUAGAUUAUAGAGUAAUAGCAUAGAGUCGAAUGUGGAUUUUAUUUUUUGAUGAUAUUUUUUUUAAUGUUAUUGCUUUUAUUUCACUGUAUUUUUACUUUAGUUAUAUACGUAAUAGACUGUUGAAAUUUAGAAAAUACAAAGUCAGUGAUGAAAGCCCAAAUGAUAAAAAGUUUCAAGUUAUGUAUAUCGUACUCUCCAUGUUUUCUACCUUGUCUUAUCAUGUAAACAAUCUUUUAAUUGCAAAAGCAAGUGCGAUAAAAUUAAUAAAAAAGAACACAAUAAAAAGAGCCGUUCUUUAUAUAAGUGGGUUUUUAUAAUUUUCUCAACAAUUUGAAAAUAAACCUUGCUCUAAUAAGACAUAAAAAUAUUGUUUAUUUUAUAAGACAAGAAAGAAAAAAUAGACUUUCGUGGUUGGCAGUGUUUUGAUAUGCAAAGCAGAGGAUUUUUUUUAAAGUCCAUUCUAAAUAGUCUAGUUCAACAGAUAAAUUAUGGCCUAUUUCCAGAAAACCUGCAAUAGUUUUUAGUGCAAAUUUCCUUGAAUCCACAUUCGACGCCCUAAUUAUUGUAUUAAAAAUUUCGCGUACUCAAAUUGUAAUGAAGAAAUUACGUCUAUCUAUGUAUAGUUCUUUCUACCUCUACCGGUGCUUAAUUUAGCUGUUUUUUUUUAUUCCUAAAUUCGCGAAAACUGCUUUAUGUAUUAUGUAGAAUUUCAAAAAAAAACCUCUUCUUUAGAAUCUGCAUUUCAAUUAACUUCGUAUUAAUAUCUUCAAAUUACAGUAAUAUCAAUUUUAUAAGUUACACUGAUAUAUAUGCGCAGGUGAUAUUGGUCUAUAUUUCAGCCAAUCAUAACGCAUCAAAUUCACAUCUGCAUCUGCUAUUGGUUGUUAAAUUGUGCUAUCCAUGAGUGAGAUAGCAUGAGACUCUUGUUAUGUAUUUGGGAUCUAAACGUAAAGCACAAUGGUUAUUUUGCAUUGUUCAGUCAGUGUUAGAUAAUUCCUUUGUGAUGCAUUAUAAGCAAAAGGUUACCGACUUUUAUGAUAGAACGAUUUAAAUGAUGACGAAUAUUUAUAACAAAUACUAGCUGUGCUCGCGGUUGCGUCCGUAUGUAUUGUUAUGUAGCCGUACCUUUAAUAAAAGUUUUUUUUAAUUCUCGCAUUUAAGAAAAUUCUUUAUCAGUCUUUAGGAUGUAUUCUAUCUCUAUACUACAUAAAGUUGGUUGAGCAGUUAUGGCAAACGUGGUAAUAUCUACGACAAAAGAAAUGUUUUUUUUUAAUCCCUUUGGAACGGUUUAUUUUUCGGGGAUAAAAAGUAUUCCAGAAUACGAUCCCCUGAGAAAGGGUAGCACUAGACAUGGGUUAUGUCAGAGAACUGUAAAUUGUGAAAAAAAAUAUUGAUGUAACUUAUAAAACUUGUAAUGAUAUACCAAAUACGGUCUGCCGCUUUAGUUUUUCGUCAAAAUGUUACGUGUUGCGUGUUAAGUCGACCGGAGUCUUAAUGUGCUUCUUCGGUAUCUUAACUGCAUACCAUAAUAACGUGUAAAUUUAACUAUACAUUUUAGUUAUUAUUUUAAUUAUUAUGUCCAAUAAAGUUAUAGAAAUUUUCAUUACAAGACACUAGAAAUGUUUUUUAGCACUUUAAGUAUAGGAAGCCCUUGCCGACAAACGACGACAGCUCUUAACGGCCGUACCACUAGGCGUAUACGCGAGUCUGUACAUUUCUGUUCAAAGCGACACACUAGUUGUUUUAGAGAGUAAAGCCCGUUUUCACUGAACCUAGGAAACGAUUAAAUCGAAUGUCUUAUGAUUUGGGUAAUAUGAAAAAAUAAAAAAACAUUUCGCCGCCAAUUCUUAGAUUACGAUAUAAGGCGCCAUGUUGUUACGAAACCAAUUCUGCGGUGCGUUAUGUUAAGGGAACUUGUAAAAUGACAAUUGACAGAUGAAAAAAAUAAAUUAAUUUUUUAAUAACCUUAAAUCAAUACGAAAAUGAAAAAUAUGAAAAUACGAACAUCAAACACCACACCUUAUGGUAAAAAUCAUAGACUAGUUAGGUUUAAUGAGUUGCCUGGUAAAAAACGAUUGGUGAACUUGUAAACUGACACUUGACAGAUGAAAAAAAUAAAUUAAUUUUUUUUAAUUACCUUAAAUCCAUACGAAAAUGAAAAAUAUGAUAAUACGAACAUCAAAUACCACACCUUAUGGUAAAAAUCAUAGACUAAAGAGUUAGGUUAAAUGAGUUGCCUGGUAAAAAACGAUUGGUGAAAGGUUACUAUAGUCGAUAACUGUUGAACAGUUAUCGACUAUAGUACGUCGUACGUCUUGUUUAAAUUAGAGUGCUCAAAGUCUCGUUCGCGGCGACAUAGUUACGCGUUCAUAACUUUUCUAGUGUCUUGUUUCUAAGAUUUCAUAAAAUAUAUCAAAUAUGAACAAAACUAAGUAAAGUACACCACCAAAUAACUUGUGAAUAUUUUUACAAAGUUUCACUCGAUGUAAAACAUUGUUAGAAAACAUUUAUUUUAUGUUUAAAAGCCACUUUUUCACUUUUAUACAUUUUUACGUUUAUUAGAUACAUUUGUAGUGGAAUUAAAGAAAGGAGGAAGUUCUUUGUUCCGGUUCUUGGUUUAUUUUGUUCUUUGCCUCAGAUCUUCGUCGUUUACAAACCGAUUAGAAAAAUUGAUCUUUUGUUUAAAAGGACUUCUAAGGUCCCAUUGAUAACGAUCUUUUGGUGGGCUCCUGGAGAAAUUGAUGGAGUUUUUUUACUAUUAUACAGUACCUAUAGAGAUUGGGGUAUUUUUAAAACUGUGGUUUAGCGUUGGAUUUUUUUCAAUAAACGUAGGUACGUCGCAUAUUAUCUUUUCAAAUCGGAGUAUUAUUUCCUGACUUUAAAUAAAAUACUCUUCUUUAUAAUAUGAAAUAUUAGCAUAGAUUAUGCAAUAUAUACAUAUGUAUUUAUGGCGGCAUAUUUACUAAGGCUUUGUAUAACCAAAAUGUCCCCUGACACGUUCAUUCGAAAAACUUCGACAUCAUUUUUACACGCAAACAAUAAAAAAAAACCAAUAUAAUAAAAUAAAUAUAAAAUCAUGGCAUGGGAUGGCAUGAUAAAUGCCCGAAUUGUGGUUCAUUAGUGAUGGUAAAUACAAUUUUGUCAAUAAAUAAUAAAAAGGCCAUAAUAUUUGUACACUAGUGUAUACGUGGCUUUGGUUUAUACCACUUCACGACUAAGCAUUCCAGAUUGAAGAACUAAUAUGAGAAAUAAAAUAUUAUUUCAUGAUUUUUUUUUUGAUAUGGCACGUCGCUUUUUAUAUGAUUUAAACAUUGUCAAGUGUAGAUAUUCUGAAUUAAAAUUGCGCAUCCCUAUAAUCGAUAUCAAAAGAAGCAUACUUAUAUUUCCACACAAACUAAUUCAAAACGCGGCGCGGCGUUGUAGCGCGUUAUUCCCCCCUCCCCCUCCUGCGUAUCAGAAUUAACCCGAGUUAUUAUCCUGAUAUAAAUUUAACAGUGUUGAACAGUUUUAAUGUCUCUACAUUUGUGAAUAUUGUAAAAUGGGUACUAUGUUCAUUGCAUAAUAGUUGUUAAGGAGGCAUCGUUACAUUUUAUUUUAUGCUUCCCCGAAUAUGGAAAACAGCUGAACAAAAAAAUUACCGAGCUCUUUAAUAAUCUUUUUUUUUUUUUUUUUUAAAUAGUGCCUUUUAUGAAUUGUUUAUAUCUGUGGGCAAUUGCAAUCUUGUAUGAGCGACCGAUCAAAAUUUAUGCAUAAAACAAUACUCAAAAAAGUUUGUAUGCAGCAUGUUUCCAAACAGCUGUGCACGAUUUUUUCUUAUCAAAAAAAAUUAUAACAAAAGGUAAACUUAUUUUUUUUUUCCUCUUCAUUGGAUGGUUCGUUGACAGAUAAUAAUUGUGAUAGCAAGGUAUAUGCGCUGGUUUCUCGUUUUUCAUUUUCGCAGGAGAAUAAAAAAUAUAAUAGCAACUGUCGAUGCCAAGCUGCAAAAAUUAUAGGUCUUACAUAAAUAUGUAAUGCUAUAACAUAAUAUCAAAGUAUAGCUUUUACUAAGUUUAGAAACGAAAGUACUCGCUGGGAAACCGGCAACGAGUACGUUCUCCAUUUUUUUUUUACCAAAAUGGCGAAUGUGUACACAUUUCCGAACUUAAUGAUAGCUUAUCUGUUGUAAUAUUGACGCUUAUUCCUUUGGAUAUAAACGCUAAACUAAAUAGGCCGGGCUAAAAAACAUGCCUUCCUUUUGCACAGAUAACAAUAUUAAUAUACAGGCACUAAUUUUACCACAUGCCAAUUUAGUUUAGUCUUUAGGUAUCCAUCUGAAGUUUCAAGUGGCCGCUUGUACAUAAUGAAGCAUAUCUUAGCUUGACGUAACUCUUAGCAGAUACUUAUUUUGUAAACUACUAAUAUUAAACUAAACUCUCGAUUUAGACACCCUCUCGAUUUGUGGGUGCAAAUUGUUGUAUUAAGAUAAAAAGGUAACUAAUGAAUUAUGAUGUACAAUAGAGAGAGGUAUAAAACUGUGGAUAAAACAAGGUCAACUUUCUAUCGGAUCGAUGUUAUCUUAUAAGUACGAGAUAGUACUAAGUUACUUUGUUUUAUAUAUGCUUUUGUUCCUUUCUACUGUAAGGGGUCCUUCACAGUAUAAGAACUUUUUAUAUGACAUAUCGAAGGAAACUUCUUUAGUUAAAAAAAAACAAAAAGCUCUCUUUACCAAUCAUAUGACGUUAGAUUUCGCAUUGAAAUAAAACGUAAAUUAAGUUUAAAUCAAAUUUUAAUAAAAGAAUUACUUGUUACGUAUAAUGGUCCUUAAAGUUUGAAAAUCAAAUGAAACGCAAACAGGACCCAUUUUUUUAUGCCACAAACGUUUAAGAAAUAAAUAAUAGUUGGAUCUCUUAUACUAUUUAGGUAUGUAGUUUUUAUAACAGUACUAGGAAACCACCGUAUGCUUCCCCGAAUAUGGAUUAAUUGUAAUAAAAAUGGUCCUUACCGUUACAUGUCUUAAACAAACGAGACAAUAAUGCUUUGUUUUGGUAUCUUUUUUAACACGGGCCAGACAUCGGGUCAAAUUAAAAUAAAGAAAAAAAAUCUUACCAUGAUUACCUAUCUUGGCUUCGCAGGCUUUGCAUUAAUCGGACAUCUUGUUUGUCUUAUAAGAAAUUCUUAUAACGUGUUUGAACCCUGAAUAUGUCAGCUUGUUAGUUUCCAUAGUACGGUAGUUUUGUAAUUUUAUUUUUGUAUAUUUUUUUCUAUCGGCUUAGUAUAUAGUUAUUGAUUAUAUUGCAAAAUACAAAUGCUCGUAAAAAAUCACUUUUUAGUAUUUCCAAUUUAGGAUUUAAUUUAAGUCUUGUUUUAUUUUUUAAUUUACGUAGGUAUGCAAGACGAGAAUACUUUCUCGGGAUAAAAGUAUGCCAUGCAUUUAUCUAGAUGGUGGCUUGCUUGUGUAACAAAUACCCCGACGAAUCCAAAAAAAAUAUUCACAUAUUAUAAAUAUUUGUUUUAGUGCGAUGAAUUCCUGAUUACUUUGAUAUUUUUAAUGAAAUGAAUUUCUGUAAUUUUUUUUAUAGUAAACAUUUACGGAUGGAGCAGAUGGCCUGAUGGUACCAUCGCCUAUAAAUUAUUACGAAGUGUCGCCCUGUGUCCAUCAAACUACGGCGUAGGUGUCAAGCCUCAUGUACUCGUAAUUAAGCCGGCAACCACGCCCUGUAGAGCGGAACACAGAAAUGCUGCUAUGCGGCAGAAAUGAGUCAUAAAAAACUCAAUGAAGUUUAAAUAAAUUAGAAAAUCCAUAAAUAUUAUGCUCAAAACUGUUAUAUUCUCAUUUUUUUGUUUUCACAUUACGAGCAUUUGCGAUUUGCAAAGAUAGAAAGUGUUCUGUGGGAAGCAUUUUAGUAUUUAUUAUUUAAGAAGAAAAAAAAUCAUAAUGAGUAUUCGAGUAUCCUACGUCCUAUACUACUGUUACUCAAUUAAUAUAACAAUGUUAAUAAAUCAAUACAAUCGAAAUCAUCUAUUUUUCGAGUUUAGUGCACGCAAACAUAAGGAAUAUCUGUUUUUUUUUUAAAAUUAUAAUUUGCUUCGUACAGAACUGUGGGUAGGUGUAUAAAAUUCUGGUAAGUGAAGCUGUGAUCAGAUAAGGAGGUUGUGAUGGAUUUAGCGUGGGUUUACACUUUAAUGCUUUUUUUUAAAUCGUUAGUUUUAAGUGUAGCGAGAAUCCGAAUUUUGCUUUAAACGUUUCGAACAAUUAUAUUCCUGCCAGUCUCGAUAGCUUCUGUGUUACUUUAAGUAUCAUUUUGUAAUUGUCGCUUUUCGGCCGCACGUCACACCGAGGCGUAACCUAACAAAUUAAGUAAAGUAUAAGUGUAUUUUUAAACAACAUAGUUUUACGAGUAAAUAUGAAUAUAUUGAGGCCUAUACAACCCUUAGAAUAGAUUAAAAGUACAAAUAUUUCAGUUUUAUCAGUUUAUGAAUAAAAUGUAUUGUCUUUCAAAAUUGAGUUGGAAAUUGGUAUGGCUUUACUUAUUUCAGUACUUCAUCUCUGUUACCACCACAUUCUGACCGACAACCAAAAAAGGGAAUCUAUGAUGGAUCAGUUUUUUUUCGAAAUAACUGCCAAUCGAACAUUACACUACAUUUAUAAGCAGUAUAUAUUUCCAUAUCUAUUAAAAAAUUCUGAUGACUGAAUAACAAAAAACACAGAUGACGUCAUCGGCAUUGCUAUAAUGUACCUAAGCUUAGUUUAAAAUACUUAGUAGGUUUUAUAGGUACACGUCGAUCAUGAUUUUGUUACACAACGGUGUGAAGUGCGGCCAUGUUCGUUCGCUCGUGUUCGUUGCGCCCCUUUCCAGUACUUUAAUCGAAGUUGUUAGUUUUAAUUGUAAAUUAAGAUUUCCAACCCAUAUUGUGUCAUAACUAUAAGUGUGGUGACUUAACGAAUAAAUGUUAAAAUUUA